GCUGUGAGGCGGCCUCUGAGGGGAAAAAAACGCCAGAAAAGAUGGCCCGACCUUCCAAGUAGUGGAUUAAAGGACGGGGUCGAAAACCAAUAAAAGGGAUGAGGAGGUGGGAUCAUUGCUUUCCGGAGCCAGAAGUACCGUUACAGGGCACACUUCUUGUCCAAUCAACGCCUCCAGACUUUGGCUCAGGUGACCACAGAGUGCGAGGGGCGGAGCUACAGCCUGGCGCGAGGAACCGUUAAGAUGGACAAUGAAUGUAGCCAAUGAGGUACUCCGACUGAGGCGUUGGGAACCCAAUAACAGUGGCCGGGCGGGCGCCUUCCCGGAGCGCGGGGAGAUGUAAAGACAGACAAGUAGUUUUCCCAAUGAGGCUGUAGAAGAGGGGAGCUACUUGGCCAAUGGAGGCGGCGGGGCGGGAUCCUUUGCAGCGGCGGAGCCCAAGAUGGCGGCAUGCGGUUCCGCUGUGUGAAACCAGCGCGGGGCGGCGGGUUCAUCAGCUCCGCGGAGACGACCUCCGACGACCCGCAGCAAUGAAGGGGAAAGAGCGCUCUCCAGUCAAAUCCAAGCGCUCCCGUGGUGGUGAGGAUUCGACUUCUCGUGGGGAGCGGAGCAAGAAGUUAGGGGGCUCUGGCGGCAGCAAUGGGAGCAGCAGCGGUAAGACCGACGGCGGCGGGUCGCGGCGCAGCCUCCAUCUCGACAAGUCCAGCAGCCGAGGCGGCAGCCGCGAGUAUGACACCGGAGGGGGCAGCUCCAGUAGCCGCUUGCACAGUUACAGCUCCCCGAGCGCUAAAAAUUCCUCGGGCGGGGGCGAGUCGCGCAGCAGCUCCCGAGGUGGAGGCGGGGAGUCACGUUCCUCGGGGGCCGCCUCCUCCGCUGCUGACGGCGGGGAGUACAAGACCCUGAAGAUCAGCGAGCUGGGGUCCCAGCUGAGUGACGAAGCGGUGGAGGACGGGCUGUUCCACGAGUUCAAACGCUUCGGUGAUGUGAGUGUCAAAAUCAGCCAUCUCUCGGGUUCUGGCGGCGGGGACGAGCGCGUCGCCUUUGUGAACUUCCGGCGGUCAGAGGACGCGCGGGCGGCCAAGCAUGCCAGAGGCCGCCUGGUGCUCUAUGACCGGCCCCUGAAGAUAGAAGCCGUGUACGUGAGCCGGCGCCGCAGCCGCUCCCCCCUGGACAAGGAUUCUUACCCGCCGUCGUCCAGCGUGGUCGGGGCCUCGGUCGGCGGUCACCGGCACGCCCCGGGCGGAGGGGGUGGAGGCCAGAGAUCCCUGUCCCCCGGCGGGGCGGCCUUGGGAUACAGAGACUACCGAUUGCAGCAGCUGGCCCUUGGCCGCCUGCCCCCUCCGCCGCCGCCACCCUUGCCCCGGGACCUGGAGAGGGAGCGGGACUACCCGUUCUAUGAGCGAGUGCGCCCGGCAUACAACCUCGAGCCCCGGGUGGGAGCUGGAGCAGGUGCUGCUCCUUUCAGAGAAGUGGAUGAGAUCUCACCGGAGGAUGAUCAGCGAGCUAACAGGACGCUUUUCCUGGGCAACCUGGACAUCACGGUGACCGAGAGCGAUCUAAGGAGGGCUUUUGAUCGCUUUGGAGUCAUCACAGAAGUAGACAUUAAGAGGCCUUCUCGGGGCCAGACCAGUACCUAUGGCUUUCUCAAAUUUGAGAACCUAGACAUGUCUCACCGAGCCAAAGUGGCAAUGUCUGGCAAGAUUAUUAUUCGGAAUCCUAUCAAAAUUGGUUAUGGUAAAGCUACACCCACCACCCGCCUCUGGGUAGGUGGCCUGGGACCUUGGGUGCCUCUUGCUGCCCUGGCACGAGAAUUUGACCGGUUUGGCACCAUACGCACCAUAGACUAUCGCAAAGGUGAUAGUUGGGCCUAUAUCCAGUAUGAAAGCCUAGAUGCCGCUCAUGCUGCCUGGACCCAUAUGCGGGGCUUUCCACUUGGUGGUCCAGAUCGCCGCCUUAGAGUAGACUUUGCAGACACAGAACAUCGGUACCACCAGCAGUAUCUGCAGCCUCUGCCCUUAACUCAUUAUGACUUGGUGACAGAUGCUUUUGGACAUCGGGCACCUGACCCUUUGAGGGGUGCGAGGGAUAGGACACCACCCUUACUAUACAGAGAUUGUGAUCGGGACCUUUAUACUGACUCUGAUUGGGUGCCACCCCCGCCCCCAGUCCGGGAACGCAGCACUCGGACUGCCCCUACUUCUGUGCCUGCUUAUGAGCCACUGGAUAGCCUGGAUCGCAGGCGGGAUGGCUGGUCCUUGGACCGGGACAGAGGUGAUCGAGAUCUGCCCAGCAGCAGAGACCAGCCCAGGAAGCGAAGGCUGCCUGAGGACAGUGGGGGACGGCAUCUGGAUAGGUCCCCUGAGAGCGACCGUCCUCGGAAACGUCACUGCGUUCCUUCUCCUGAUCGCAGUCCAGACUUGAGCAGUAGCAGGGAUCGCUACAACAGUGACAAUGAUCGAUCUUCUCGUCUUCUUCUCUUGGAAAGGCCCUCUCCAAUCAAAGACAGACGAGGUAGUUUGGAGAAAAGCCAGGGUGACAAGCGAGACCGCAAAAACUCUGCAUCAGUUGAACGUGAUAGGAAGCAUCGGACAGCUGCUCCCACUGAGGGAAAAAGCCCUCUGAAAAAAGAAGACCGGUCUGAUGGGAGUGCAGCCAGCACCAGCACUGUUUCUUCAAAGCUGAAGACCCCUUCCCAGAAACAGGAUGGUGGGACAGCCCCUGCUGCAGCCGCCUCUCCCAAGCUCUGUUUGGCCUGGCAGGGCAUGCUUCUAUUGAAGAACAGCAACUUUCCUUCCAACAUGCAUCUGUUGCAGGGCGACCUCCAAGUGGCUAGUAGUCUUCUCGUGGAGGGCUCCAGUGGAGGCAAAGUUGCCCAGCUCAAGAUCACUCAGCGUCUUCGUUUGGACCAGCCCAAGUUGGAUGAAGUAACUCGACGCAUCAAAGUGGCAGGGCCCAAUGGUUAUGCCAUUCUUCUGGCUGUGCCUGGAAGUUCUGACGGCAGAUCCUCUUCCUCCGCCACAUCAGAUACUGCCACCUCUACUCAGAGGCCACUAAGGAACCUGGUGUCCUAUUUAAAGCAAAAGCAGGCUGCUGGGGUGAUCAGCCUCCCCGUGGGGGGCAACAAAGACAAGGAAAACACCGGGGUCCUUCAUGCCUUCCCACCCUGUGAGUUCUCCCAGCAGUUCCUGGAUUCUCCUGCCAAGGCACUGGCCAAAUCUGAAGAAGAUUACCUGGUCAUGAUCAUUGUCCGUGCUGAGGCGUUACUUGCUGCUGCUCAGAUCUUGUAUGUCUUGAGCAAGAAGCAGGGAGACCAUCACUUUGACUUAUCGCGGUGUGUCAAUUCUGAAGGAUCACUAGUGUUACUGUGACCCCCCUUUGUUUGCAGCGAAGGGGAUCAUUUGCUUCUCGGUCCUCAACUUGAUGAGGAAAUGGUGCUGUUGGCUGGCACGAAAGAAGCCGGGGCAAGCACCGUAAGCCUCACCACAGUGCACGAGUCGGGGGCUUUGCUGGUUUGAAGAGCCGGAGUUGCUGAAAUUUAAGUUUUGAUUUAUUUUGUUCACCUGUCACGUUUGGCCUUAGUUUCAUUUUUAAUUUGAAGAAAAGUUUGCAAUUGCUUUAUCUUGCACUUAACAUUUGCACCAAAUUGCCAAAAGAAGGAGAAUGCUCCGUUUGCUUUUUAAAUGUUAAUGAUGAUGUUAAUAAAGCCUUUCCUGACACAUUUGAGGAGCUCCUCCGUCUCCAGGGGCUUCUCACCAGAGGUAUGCAGUGAUGGGUUUAGUUCUGAAUGGAUGAAGAGUUCCUGAGAGCUAGCGUUUGUAAUUAGAACCGUUACUUGGUAUCUGUGCCUUAUUUGACCUGUGGUUCCACAUGCCUUGGAUGUGCAUGCACCGUGACGGUUUCAUAGGUACGAACGCACACUCAGGCCCAGACACCUCGGUUGGUAGUACAGAUGGUGAGGAAAAAAUGGAGGCAUCCUUAAGAAGGAAAAGUGUUUGCCUUUAGUUCCUGCAUUAUCCUGCACAGGGGGUCCUGAGCUUUGGAAGCUGUUCCCAGUACAGGAGAACAACUCCCCUGUUUGCAGCAGGAGACUUCGGUGCACAGUGACAACGCUGGAGUUCAAGAGGAAGCCAGCAAUGCUGCACCAUUGGCUUCAGACACCAUUGUUGUUUGCCAGUUGUAAACUUAACUAGUUGCAGACGAAGACCACCUUGACAUGCAGGCUUGUUGGGCUUGUUUUGAAUUUUAACCUCGGAUGGAAGAGCCUAGUGCUGUCUGUCUCCAUGCGGGAUGAUGAUUACUUAGGCAACAGGUGAUUACCAACAAAGGAUGCCACGCUUAUACUCUGCAAGGUGGUGUUCCAGUGGCAAACAGCUGUAUAAGCUCUUGUAAACAGGUAAGAGGGUUUUUAGAGGUCAAAAUGCAUUAUAAUUAAUAGGGAUUUUAAUGUUGGGGGUAUGCUUCUCUGGAAAUCUUCAGGCACUACCUCCCCUUCACCAAAGUAUUGUAUUUAUAAAAUUCCAGGCCAGAACUUUUGUUCUGCUAUUUUUAUUUUUUAAAAAAACAAAAUUAUUGUGGGAGCCAAAGCAUUGAAAUCUUGGUUAUGGAUUUGGGGCCUUGAUAUCCUUUAAAAUUUUGACAUUUUCCAUUAGCCAUGACCUUCACCCUUAGUGGUGAUUUACUGGUGCUGGAAGAAUUUCCUGCUGUAAACCUCCAAGUUAACAAAAUUAUAGUAUGUAGCAACAACAACGAGGAAAUGUGUACCAUCAAACUAGGAAUGAUAGAUAAUUUAGCCAAAAUGGUUAGUUUUUUUUUUUCUCCUUGUCCUACAAAGAGAUUAAUUAUAAAAUUUGGCCACUACAACUUUAGGGGAGUGAAUAGGCAAUGUUGACAAGGCUAUUACAUCAUUUUCGUGGUCCAUUUAGUCUUCCCAGCCUUCUGAACCCUUGCAGCUCCUCUCCCCAACAUUAAUCAAGUGUGAGAUUUUGGCAACUUAACACAAGCACAAUAGUUUAAUGUAUAGUAGAAUUUAGGUUUUCUUGAUUUAUUUAAAAUUGUAUAAAAUUUGAGAAUUUUUUAAAUGAAAUUUAGGGGGGAAAGUGUUCUGUUUGUUUUUUUCAGGUUCUCAAUGUGUCUUACAAGAGUUUUUAAACAUCUGCUUAAGAAUUGGCUGCCAUCUAAAGCUUUGCUAAAUGAUCGCUUACCUACAUGUCUAAAGGUUUUUAUACCUGUUAGGAAUGUCAGUUUCCAGUGCAUUUUCUUUCUCUGGCUAGUUCAUACUGAAAGCCCAUUAAGUAAUUUUUCCAGUUAUUAAACAAGUAUUUUAAAUUACUAUAGCGAUUUGAGGAAGAUUAUGUUACACUCUACAUAUUUCUGCAUAUUUGGUAUCUUUCUAAGAUCUCAGGCUUCCUCUCAGGAAUUAGAAGAAAUGUUGCAUCAAGGCAUUUGCUUAUUUGUAUAUGAAACUGUAUGCAAAAUGGAAAGGUCCACAGUAUGACAGUUUUGAAAUUAGUCAAGAAGUUUUAUUGCCAGCUAUACUGGGAAAGAAAAAUUAAUUAGGUCAACUGUUAGAUCUAGGGUUCUGGCUUUAUAAAUUGGAAACCGCCCUUCUGAAAUAUUGGUGUGGUUUCCCAAUGUCUUUCAUAUGAUCUAAAUUUACGGUUCUACUCUAAAGGAAAUAAUUCCAUGAACAUCUCAUAAUUGAUUUGUGCUCAUGUUGGGAAGCCUGGCUGUGAGUGUUAAAAUUGAAAAUAGGGAUUACCCUGACUUUGGUAAAUCAACCUUGAUUUUGUAAAUUGCCACUUCUGUAGGUUAAGUUAUAUUGUUGUUUCCAAGUUUUUUAUCUCGGGCAAUAAAUUUAGUACUUAUAACCCCUUGGCAAUGGGCAAGGAGACACCUGAUUGGUGGUGUUGCUCUUAUAUCAUCAGUCAGGGGCAAAGCAGAUGUACAGUCCUUAGUUCAUCCUAGCUUGAUGCCUGUGUCGGUGGCCAGAGCUAUUUCAUUCCUGAGGCACAUAAAAAAAAAAA